AUGUUCAUAGAAACAUUAAUCAUAAUGGCCAAAGAGUGGAAGCAUCCCAAGUGUCUUUUGAGAGAGACACCCUCUUGUACUUCAUCCUUGGGGAAGCCAGGUUCCAUACCCCAUGGAUUUGCACUGCAUCCAAGUCUGGAAGUGGUAGAAAGAACCUGUGGGCUGGCUGCCAGAGCUGUCCUGGUUCUGGACACUGCAGGCAGAGUGGAGGCCAUGCUAACAGAUGAGGAGUUAUUGGAGCUUGCAGGGGCAUCUCGAGUUCUCUUUGGGCCAGAGUCGAGUAUCUGGGAGACAAGUGAGAAACUGUGA